UCUUUUGCUAAUCAUAUGUUUGGGAAACAGCUAAUUCCACUUGGUGAUCCCCUCUUCAAGGCAAAUGCUCCAGGAAAAAACACAAAGAAAGAUGAAAACUCUUCAUCUUGUCUCACUACCUCUUCACGUUUGACGAGUGGCCUACGAACUAUUGCAAAAAUCUUGGAUUCUGGCCGUGUGUGUGGAAUCCCAACUGAUACCGUGUAUGCUCUUGCAGCUUCCUGUCAACAUCCAGAGGCUGUUGAAAGUAUCUACAACAUAAAAGAGCGUCCUGCAGAGAAGCCAAUCUGUAUCUGUAUCUCCAGUCUGGACCAGCUCACUGCAGUGCAUCCUCCAUUCAGCCCUUUGCUCUGGGAGUUCAUGAAUCAGGUCUACCCUGGAGGCAUCAGUUGUAUUGUAAAGAAAGGAGAGUGGCUGAAGAAACUGGGUGUUGGUGCUGCCUAUGAUCGUGUUGGCACAAAGGACAGUAUCAUGAUCCGUGUUCCAGACCACACUGUGACAGCUCAUCUAGUGAAUAUGACUGGGCCACUGGCCAUUACUUCAGCAAAUCCAAGCGGAGAGUCUGACAGCAUCCAUCAUGACAUGGUUAUCUCGCGUCUUGGACACAAGAUUGAUGGUGUUUUAUGUGAUGGAAAUUCCAAUGAAUUAGUUGCUUCUACUGUCAUCAACUGCACCAAGAUUGAUGAAGAGGGAAUCACCAUUUUACGAGAAGGCUGUGUCCCAGCGGCAAGAGUCUUGCAGAUUUUUGAGCAAGUGAAGAACAAACUUGAUUAGUGGCAAACUUCAACAAACAGAAACUUUAAGAACAGACAUCAAAUCAAGAUACAGGGAUCAAAGCUGCAUUUAGUUACUGAAUGGAAACAAUAAAGCUGUUACACAUAAGGUUAAUUUCCCAUUUCAUUAACAAAUGUGUCAGUAAGUGUAAUGCAAUAAUCUAUCAUGGGCACUUUUCAGCACAGCGUUUAUUGAAAACCAUGAUUUGCUGUACUUUAUCAAUUAUUGGUUUGCCAAAUAAAAGAAGCACUUUCUAAUGUAGGGAUACAAAAAUCUGAGCUGAAAAUGGCAUUAAAUAGUUAAUAACUCUGAAUAUUUAAUUAAAUAACAUAAUUUCAAUAAUUCUAUCAUUCUGAUGUUAUAAAGUAAGAGACAAAAAUACAUAUACAAGUAGCAGUAAUACAUUAGUCUAUAAGAAUAUAACCACUAAAGAUUUGAAACUGCAUCCUUAAUUGGGAGAUGUAGCUGCAGUGAACAUUUGGAUGUUACUGCAUAACUCAACGUGAUUAUCUGUGAAUAAUUUUUUUUUAAAAACUGCAGAUGCUUAAGAUCUGUCAUAAGAACAGAAAAUGCUGUCAACACUAUUUAAGUACUAACUUGUACACCCACCCCCUUC